AUGUUCAGCUAUUCGAAGGCAUGUGCGACAAUCGAGCACAUCACUGAAGCUGACGUACCUGUCCUGGAAGCACUCGACCAAGAGGAGCUGGCAUGGCUUUUGCGAGUUUCUGCACGGUUUGACCACAUGACUGCAGCGAAGGGGCUGCUAGCUGCUCGCGCAUCUGUUAAUCACAUCACACCGCAUCACAGUGCCGGCGCCUACAAUGCUUUGCAUGAAGCCUGCCGGUACAAUGCCAAUGUGGACAUGCUCCUUCUAAUGCUGCAGGCAAGAGGGGACCCUGACAUCAAGACUAGGUGCAAGAACAAUCCGAGAACUGCGCUCCAGAUCGCUGAAGGCGAAGGUCACGCGAGCUUGGUCCAGUGGCUUCGACCACAAGCCCCUGCGGAGGCUGCCGUUCACCCCACCCCCAAGCCCAUGCCAUCCCAAGUGCAGGAGACCGGCUCGAGACCUCUGACCUUCAGCUUCACACAGGCUCACUUCUUACUUGAGCAUGUCGCGGAGGAAGACUCCUCUGUGUUGACGGCUUUGGGCUCUGAAGAGACAGCAUGGCUUUUGAGGGUUGCAGCAGGCUUCAACCAACUGACUGCAGCAAAGGCUCUUCUAUCCGGGCGAGCCUCCGUGGAUGUUAUUACACACCACCGCACGGGCGGAGCACUGAAUGCUUUGCAAGCAGCUUGUGUCUGGAAAUCGAGCGCGGAUAUGUUGCAGCUUCUGCUAGAAGCCGAUGCAGAUACCAACAUCAAGACCUUCUACAAAGGCCACCAGCGGACUGCCUUGCAAAUCGCCGAAGCCGAGAACCAUGAUGAUCUAGCUCGAUGCUUUCAUGAUUUCUCCGCCAAGGUCGCUGCUCCUCACGGCUCCAGCACAAGAUCGCAUUCCUGGAGCUCCCGGCGUGCAGACAGCUCGAACGACUACUCUUGGGCUGGUAGAGACGAGGGAAAAGCGCAAGGUACACAUGAUGAGCGCAGCCAGCAUCGGAGCACAUCUCGGUCGGGAGUUGAUGCUCGGAUCUGCCUUUCAGUGUCAUCCGAUAGUGUCUGUGCAUCCCGGCCGACGCAGCGUUCGCGUUCUCCUGCACCGCAGACCGCACAGGCAUCGAGCUCGAGCGACUGGGACUGGCGGUCGUCUGACGCGAUGCAGGCUUCGAGCGCAGGGGACUGGUGGUCGUCGCAGAGCCCGAGGACGCAAGACAACUGGCCAACUUCUCCGAAUUCUGGGGGCUGGCAAUCUCGAGACUGGUCUGGAGAUGGCAACAUUGAGGUUGUUGCCAUUUCAAGAGUUGCAUACCUCCAGAAAACUUGCACCUCGACGUUCAAGGAUGGCCGAACGCUUCAGCAGACCACAGAAGAGCUCAAAACUGGACAACUAGAUCCGUUCAGCCACGAGAACUUCAUCUUGAGUGCCUUGAAGUGCAAUGUCAGGCAUGAGGGGAGGUGGCAAGAUCUCUACUGGAGUAAAGACCACCGACGGCUAGUCUGCAUGAGGCGAGCCGGCUGCACACAUGUGCGACUGCGAAUUGAUCGAAUAGAAUCCAGAAAGUUUCAGCCGAUCAUGCGCAAGCUCAUCGCCUCAGUUGGCCACAGCACUGACAUCGAGGUGUUGGACACAGCCAGAAGAUGA